GAGACGAGAGGGACAACCAGUGAAAAUGAGGUGGAGGAAGUGAACUUCGUGUAUUGUAAAGACGGGACAAUGGAGCGCGGAGUGAAGCAGUAUCCAGCUGUCCAUGCGGGAGUCAUUUGUAGAGCGUUCGUGAAUGGCUACUGCAGAUUUGGAUCAAGGUGUCAUUAUCUUCAUCAUUGGUCAGCAAUACCAUCAACUCAAAUAUGCAGAUACUUCCAAAAAGGUGCAUGCUGGUAUGGUGGCCGCUGCAGAUAUCUCCAUGUUCUUCAGUCUGAUGGUGAUGCAGCUGUUGCCAGUAGAAGGGGUUCAGCACCCCAUGUCAACUCCUCUUGUGUUGGAAAUGUAUUGCCCAGCCGACGAGGGUCUGAGCCCGUGCUCUCUCAAGCCGAAAUGGUGUCUAGCCAAGAGCACAGAGCUUCUGUAUUUAAUGUAUCACAUCUUACGACGACGACAAACCUCUUUGAGGAGAGGUCACGAGAGCAUCUACCUCAGCAGGGUGCUGAAUCUAAUCCAAAAACACUCCAGGAAUCACAGAGCUCAGUGACUGUAGCAGGUGCAUCACAUCGCAGCAGUCAGCAGGAGACUUUAUUGGAUAAGACUGCAGAGGCUGGUGCUGCUGCGUUCUCCUCUCGUGACCAGAGACAAACUGAGGCCUUCCUCCAGAGUAAAGAUGUGACCUGUGGCAUCUGCAUGGAGAAGGUCUAUGACAAGAUGAGUCCAGACGCACGCCGCUUCGGCGUCCUGCCAAACUGCAAUCAUUCUUACUGUUUAGAAUGCAUUGUUACUUGGAGGAAAACCAAAGACUUGCAAGAGGAAGUAAUAAAGAGCUGCCCACAAUGCAGAGUGAAGUCUGCUUUUUAUGUCCCUCACAAUUACUGGGUUGAAGGUCAGGCAAAAGAAGCCCUCAUUACUACCUUCAAAGAGAAAUGCAGUAAAAGAAGAUGUGUUUAUUAUAUGCGACACGGAUGUUGCCCUUUCAAGUCGGAAUGCAUUUACUGGCAUGAUAAAUCUCAACGGCGCCGCACGUCGCAGUCGCGUCGUACGGAGGAUGUAGAAAACUUGGACGGCCAACAGCUACUUGAUUUUGUCAUUGCCAUGACCCUCCUCUGGGACUUGGAGGAUGAUGAUGACGACGAUGAUGAUUCUGAUGAAUUCUUCCUAAGCGAGUUCUUCUGAAUGUCAUAGCUCACUUUUCCCCCCACUGUUCUCAAGGACUAAAGAGGGCCCCCAUUUUCUGUGCCCCAGAAAAUUAUGCCAUUUUUGUUUGAUUCUAGAAUUGCUUUCUCCCUUUAAAAACUGAAUCUCUUCAUCGGUCAUUCUUUAGAUGCAAGCUCUCAGGUGACAAGCUGACUAACACGAGCUUGCAAGUUUAAUGACCUUUUUGUGCUUGAAGAACGAGCGAUUAUUUGAAUCUUUGGCUUUGACGGGAAGGGUCUCAUAGUAGUUGAAGAUGGUUAGUUUUAUAAUGAGUUUUGUGGCAUCAAUUACUCUGUUACUGUAGAUUUGUAGAUAUAUGGUUCAUUCGUUCACCAAAUAUGCAGUUUGUUUUAAAAGAUGGCACAUUUUUAAUUCUCAUGUUAUGAAGAUCUAAUGUCAGAUUUUAUCAUUUUCAUUUUGUAAAAGUUUGUAUGCAUACACAAAUGAAUAAACAAUUGUUUCACAUUUUGCU